GAGAGCUUAGUUGUUUUCCUUUUUCUUCCAAUCAAAAAGGUUAUUCUUGAUUUUGGCGUAGAUUUGAUGAGAAACAAUUUCAAAAUUGUUGAACCCCCAACUUGUCUGAUUUCAAGAAAUUAAGGUUAGGUGACAGCUGCCAGCAAUGUCGUCUCUUUGCAAAGACCUAAUGUUCUUGAUCAUGCAGUUCUGUGAUGAGGAGAAUCUUAAGAAGACCGCACACAUGCUUGAGCAAGAAUCGGGCUAUUUCUUCAAUAUGAAGUAUUUCGAGGAGCUGGUGCUGGAUGGGAACUGGGACAAGGCGGAGAAAUAUCUCUCAAGCUUCACAGUCGUUGAAGACAACAAAUACUCCACCAAGAUAUAUUUUGAGAUUAGGAAGCAAAAGUAUCUCGAGGCCUUGGAUAAGCACGAGUUUUCUAUCGCCUUAGACAUUCUUAAGAAGGAUCUCAAGGUGUUUGCGCAGUCGAACGAAGAAUUGUACAAAGAAAUGGCUCAGCUCUUGGCACUAGAUGACUUGAGCAGGGAAAAUGAUUCGCUUGCCCUUUAUGGAGACGCGUUAACUGCUAGAAAAGGCCUCCUAGGUGAUCUUCGGUCUGUCAUCGAGGCAAACCCCCUUCUCCAAGGAAAAACUAGGUUUCCUCAAAUAAAAAAGUCGAGGUUGAGGCGUUUGAUUAACCAAAGUUUGAACUGGCAGCAUGUGCUAUGCACACGUCCUCACUCGCAACCGCACAUCGACACCCUCUUUACAGAUCAUAAGUGUCCCGGAUCCGAUAAUAUGCAGGCUCAGUUGUGCUCGUUGCCGCCCUCACCUGUUGCAGUUGAAUGGCCUCUCGAGAGAGACUCGUCAACUGAUUCCCCCGUUACAAUCAGGAACCAUGAAGCUCUGUCCGACCAAGCUUUAGCUGAGGAGGGUAGGCUCUUUGUCGGUGUAAAGGCAACGGAACAUAUAAACGAGGAGGAGGUCUCGCAGACGGUUAUUUCCACCUGUUGUCAAGCUUCUCGAAAUGAACCUCCUAUCGAAUUUCCUAGCACGGUCGAACGGGUUUUGGAUAUAGGCUCAUUCAUGACUAGCAUUGAUUUUCACCCUGUUCAUGAGGCUCUGUUAUUAGUCGGGAAAUUAUCUGGAGAUGUGGAAAUCUGGGACGUUGCUGCUUACGACAAGCUGUUCAGAAGAGAAUUUGUGGUCAAGUCGUUAAUGGAGAAAAUGGAUAAAAAUCACAGCAUCUCCGUUAAUCGUGUACUGUGGAGCCUUGAUGGUUCUCUAUUUGGGGUUGCAUAUUCGAAAAACGAGCUACAUUUGUAUGAUAAAAAUGGCAAUUGCUUUGAGAAGAAAUUAGAGAUCGACGCACAUAUUGGCAGUGUGAAUGAUCUAGCAUUCUCUAAAGCAGAUAAAAUACUUGUCGUCGUAAGUUGUGGUGAUGACAAGUUGAUUAAGGUUUGGGGUGCGGCAACUGGCGCUAAACUCUAUACCUUUGAGGGCCACGAGGAUCCCGUGUACUCGCUAUGCCCUGGUUUGAAGAGAAAUAUCCAUUUCCUGUCUUCCAUUUCCAUAAGUGGAGAGAUAAAAGUAUGGUUGUUCGAUAAUGAAGGAUCGAGAGUGACUUAUUGUGCUCCCGAUUCCUGUCGUACAAGAAUGGCUUAUGGCAAUAAAAGGGUGUUUUUGUGUGGGACGGAGGAAAACGGAGAAUCCUACGUUGUUGAAUGGAAUGAGAAUGAAGGGAAUAUUGUUAGGAAUUACCAGUUACUAAGCAAACGCUCUUCGGCUGUGGUUCAAUUCAAUACCUGCCUCAACCGGUUUCUGGCAGCUGGAGACGAGCAUGUGAUCAAAAUCUGGGAUAUGGACUGCGACGAACUUUUAGCCGUCAUUGAUGCUGAUGGUGGUUUGCAAGCGAGGCCAUAUAUUUGCUUCAGUAAGAAAGGGAAUCUAUUGGCUGUUUCUGCUGUUGAUAGUCGAAUCAAGAUCUUGGCAAAUGAUUCCGGCCGUCGUUUUCUGCAAGAAGCCGCCUUCGAUUUUGGUGAUUCUGCUAAAUGUCUAACAGAACCCUUCAGCAAUCUUUCUGUAGGUUCGCCGCCUUUCCCAUGUCAAGGAGGUGCAGGAGGUACAUCUUCGAACAAUGUGGAGGCAACGAACGUUUCUAAAAUCGUUGAAGUUACUCGCUGCCAAUCCAUGCUACUCACUUCUGAAGUCAAGACUAAUCUGAUACGGAGAUUGGUGUACACGCACACGGGUAAUGGCAUUCUCGCAUUAGCAGAAGACGGCACUCAUCUACUGUGGAGAUGGGCGAAGAGUGGCGAGGCAACGAUGAAAUGUGCCCCUCGGUUAUGGCAGCCGAGGAGCGGAUUGUUAAUGACCAACGACCUUCCUGACAAGAGCAGGGAUGUGGUCACGCCGUGCCUUUCGCUGUCGAAGAACGACUCUUAUUUAAUAUCUUCGUCGGGGAGGAUGAUUAGUUUGUACAACUUGCUGGGAUUCAAGAACAUGAGGAGUGUGAUGCCAUCACCGCCGGCUGCAACGUGCCUCUUGUUCUAUCCACCGGACAACAACAUAAUAGCUAUAGGCAUGGAUGACUCCACGAUUCUCAUCUACAAUAUACGCGUUGAUGAGCGGAUAAGCAAGCUCGAGGGGCAUUCCAAACGAAUCAGCGGAUUGGCUUUCUCGACCAAUCUAAAUGUGCUCGUUUCUUGUGGGGUCGAUACUCAGAUUGUGCUGUGGGACUCUAUCACAUGGGAGAAGAAGAAAAGUACGGUGCUGCAGAUCUCGGUCGGCUGGCUGGCAUCGGACUUGUCAGAGACGAACGUCGAACUAGACAAGGAUCAGCAGCACUUUCUGGCAGUGCACGAGACUCAGCUCGCCAUAUAUGAAACUGCAACACUAAGACGUGUGAAGCAGUGGACGAUCGCCAACUUCUGCACUCACAUAUCCCACGCGACCUACUCUUGUGAUAGCCGGGUGGUGUAUGCUGCCAUGAGAGACGGGAUCCUCUUGAUACUCGGUGCAGGAGACCUCGCCCCACGCCUUGAGAUAGAUCCGUCUUCGUACCUUCCGCCCCAUCUAAGCUGUUACGUGGAUCCGGUUGUUGUUGCGGCUCAUCCACAUAAACCGGAGCAAUUCGCUUUGGGAUUGUCGAAUGGGGGAGUGGUCGUUAUCGAACCCGAAGAGUCUCAAGGGCAAUGGACCAUCAAGAACCACCUUGAAUCUUGAAUCUUCUCAAGGCCAAUGGAGUAUAUCAGUUUUGAUGUUUUCUAUUAAACCUACAAAGACGGAUUUUCUUAUUUAAUCAUAUUGACUACAGUGUAUCAUUUUUUUUAUUUUGAAGCAAUAUAUUAAUAAGUACUAAAGUAA